UACAUACUGCCGUUAUCAUUACGAUGUCGCCCCCUUUUUGGCUGUCCCGAUAGCCGCACAUCUGACCUUCCCGAGCCACAAUAUAUCCCUCAACUUACUGCUCACACCCCGACUGUGCGAGCGGUUUUGCGCACAAGUAUCGUUGUUUUCCUCGAGCGCUAUAACUUUGAUUUCGUCUUCAUUGGGAGUGCAGGAGGAGGAAGGGAAAGCCCGCUGUGAUAUACGGGACAUGACAAGAUGGGAAAGUUGAUCAAGAACCACUUAGCAAGAUUAAUUGUCCUCACCGCAGCAAUUUGCCAGUUUGCCGCUGGUAUUCACGGAUUCUUCUGGCCGAAGGUCUUCUGGGACUUCCUCACCAAGAACCUCGAUGGAGCAGUUAAACCUGUCCCCGUCCUUCAGAUUUUCAAUGUAAUAUUUGGGUUGAUCGGUAUCGCGUUGGAAUGGCCUUUGAAGCCCAUUGCGGGAACCCUUGUCCACCGUAGCAUCGAAGCUCGAUUGCUAGUACUUCCGGUCAGCACCCUUCUGGCGGCCCUAUUAUAUCAGGGCACGAAUCCCGCUAUCUAUUAUAUCGUGGGAAUGAUUGUAUAUUUCUGGGGUUACAGCGAAGGCGAGGUUGUCUGCCCCGAACCAUGGACAUUGCCCAAGAGGCCGGCACGAGUUAUGAAAGUAUAAUGACCUAACUAAUUCCUUCCGCCUGGCUUUGAGAGCACAUGCAUUUUGAACUCUUCUGCUGAGGGAGUCAAGUUGGCCCGUGCCGUACCAUAGACGGUCCAGUUUUAGUCUCUUCCCAGCAACCUGUAUAUUUAUGAGAAGCUUUUUUACUGGCGCGGCAGAGCGUCUUGACAGGACAUUUCUGUGAUUUUCUUUUUAAAUGUUGACAGAUCCACUCGAUCUUGGGACUGAUUUGCCAAAAUGUUAAAGGUAUAUAUUUGUAUGUAACACAAAAUAAAUACGAUAUCCUGAACAUCACCA